CACUUCCUCUGCUCUGCGCAAUGGAGCUAGGCCUCGCGCUCCGGCUAGCCGCGCCGCCGGCGCGCCUCCCCCGCCGCCGGUAUUCAACACCGCCGUGCGCGCCAGGACGGAGCGGUAUCUGCGCUGGGAGGCGCGAGAGUAGGGGGGCGGGGGCUGUGUCGACGAGUGGGGGUGUGAGCUAUGCGGUGGUUGAAGAUGAGGAGGGGGAGGAGGAGGAGAUGGCGAGGCCGCGGCUGGAGCUCAUCGAGAAGCCGGACCGGAGCCUGGCGCUGCUGGACGAGUACGAGUCGGAGGAGCUGGGGGCGGCGCUCUGCGCCAACCACCGCAGCGGUUAUGUUGCUGUGUUGGGGAAGCCGAAUGUCGGCAAGAGCACCCUGAUAAACCAAAUUGUGGGUCAGAAGCUUUCGAUCGUAACGGACAAGCCACAGACCACACGUCACCGCAUUCUUGGUAUAUGUUCGGAACCAGAAUACCAGAUAAUACUUUAUGACACGCCAGGCGUCAUUAAGAAGGAAAUGCACAAGCUAGACUCGAUGAUGAUGAAGAAUGUCCAGAGCGCUAUUGGCAAUGCGGACUGUGUGAUUGUCGUCGCUGAUGCUUCCAAACUGCCCGAAAAGAUAGAUGAUAUGCUGGAAGCGGGUGUGGGAAACAAAGAUACCAAGGUCCCUGUUGUGUUGGUACUCAACAAGAAAGAUAUGAUAAAACCCGGAGAAAUCGCAAAGAAACUCGAGUGGUACCAAAAAUUCACUGAUGUUGACGAUGUUAUACCUAUAAGUGCUAAAUUUGGUCAUGGAGUGGUUGAUAUCAAGGAGUGGAUAUUGUCAAAGCUUCCACUAGGUCCUGCCUACUACCCCAAGGACAUAGCUAGUGAACACCCCGAGAGAUUUUUUGUGGGGGAAAUAGUGAGGGAAAAGAUUUUUCUUCAAUAUAGGCAGGAAAUUCCAUACGCAUGCCAGGUUAAUGUUACAAGUUACAAAAGCAGGCCUAGUGCCAAGGAUUUUAUUCAAGUUGAGAUACUUGUUGAGAGGGAAUCACAAAGAAGCAUUAUACUUGGGAAGGAUGGGAAAGCUAUAAAGACGUUGGCAACAGCAUCAAGGCUUGACAUUGAAGAUUUCCUUCAAAAGAAGGUUUAUCUUGAGAUAGAUGUGAAGGUGAAGGAAAACUGGCGGCAAGAUGAACGGCUUUUGAAACGUUACGGCUAUGGUGGGGAGAUUCAAGCGCUAUAAAUACAAGCAUGGCACAUAGCUUAUCAGGUCGUGGGAGUAGGAAAUAGCCCGGGUUUUUUACUUUUCUUUUCUUCUUCCCCUGUUGAGUUGAGGUAUUUAGGUGCUGAAAUGCAGGUUGAAUUAGAUCAGUUAUUAGUCAGGAACUCUUACCAAAUUUUGAUGUAGACAUCUGGUGUACUAUGGAAUAGCUGUUUCUACAUCCAAAUCAUAUUUCAGCUCUGUCCCUGUAGAUAGCCUGCAGUGUUGCUUCAAUCCUCUGUUUGUCUGCUGAAGUUGCUUUACACUUCAUGGAGCCAAACCCCCAGGCCAGGUCUGUGGGAUCACAGGAGCAGAGUUCUAAUUCACUGAUGGUUUUUGUGAUUUCCUCUGUAUACGACGGUAUUUAUUUCUUGACAACUCUUUUCACAGUGGUACCAAAAAUUCACUGAUGUUGACGAUGUUAUACCUAUAAGUGCUAAAUUUGGUCAUGGAGUGGUUGAUAUCAAGGAGUGGAUAUUGUCAAAGCUUCCACUAGGUCCUGCCUACUACCCCAAGGACAUAGCUAGUGAACACCCCGAGAGAUUUUUUGUGGGGGAAAUAGUGAGGGAAAAGAUUUUUCUUCAAUAUAGGCAGGAAAUUCCAUACGCAUGCCAGGUUAAUGUUACAAGUUACAAAAGCAGGCCUAGUGCCAAGGAUUUUAUUCAAGUUGAGAUACUUGUUGAGAGGGAAUCACAAAGAAGCAUUAUACUUGGGAAGGUAAAGCAGUUCAAAAAAAAUCAUUCAUGUGCAGUCUUGAAUAUUUCAGGAUUACAAAUUCAGUUAAGCAUAACAACAAAUUGAGGGAUUUUGCACAAACUACCUUCUGGGAAUUUCGUGAAUUACUAAAUGUAUGUGUUGUUCUACAAAGUUUUGAAUUGAUGAAACAGAAGUAAGGCUGAUCUUAUUGUUGGAAAAGGAAUUGGGUCAUAAAUAAGAAGAUAUAUAUAUGGAAUCAAACAGUUCCUAGCUUGAAUAUUUUAACGAGCAAAACUAUCAUCCGCUAUAUUUCUCAAACGCAGGAUGGGAAAGCUAUAAAGACGUUGGCAACAGCAUCAAGGCUUGACAUUGAAGAUUUCCUUCAAAAGAAGGUUUAUCUUGAGAUAGAUGUGAAGGUGAAGGAAAACUGGCGGCAAGAUGAACGGCUUUUGAAACGUUACGGCUAUGGUGGGGAGAUUCAAGCGCUAUAAAUACAAGCAUGGCACAUAGCUUAUCAGGUCGUGGGAGUAGGAAAUAGCCCGGGUUUUUUACUUUUCUUUUCUUCUUCCCCUGUUGAGUUGAGGUAUUUAGGUGCUGAAAUGCAGGUUGAAUUAGAUCAGUUAUUAGUCAGGAACUCUUACCAAAUUUUGAUGUAGACAUCUGGUGUACUAUGGAAUAGCUGUUUCUACAUCCAAAUCAUAUUUCA